GAAAAAAAUGGUAAUUUUGAAUUAUCUUCUGACUAUUAUACUGCACUAUUCACUGUCUGAAGCCUUGUCACAGCUCGCUGCGCCAACUGAAAACUGUUCUGGCAAAAACCAGAAAAUAUCUUUUAGCCAUUCAUACAAGAUCGAUGUGCCCAAGUCUAGCCAGAUCAAGGUGGAACCAGAUCUACAACCCCCCCAAGAUGAUAGCCAUAUUCUCUUGGCUGCUGGUGAAAUGGAUGAGGGUGAGGAGCAAAACAUUAUAUUCAGGCACAACAUUCGGCUCCAGACUCCCAAAGGUGACUGUGAAGUCCUAGGGCAGCUCAAGUCUUUGUUGGAAAGGCUGGAGAAGAUGGAGAUGGAAGUGACACAUCUGAGGGGGCUCUGUAAUCCUCAGCGGUGCUGUGGGAGAAGCCAAGGUGUUUCCUCCUGCAGUGGCCAUGGAACCUUUAUCCAGGAGAUCUGUGGCUGCAACUGUGAUGAAGGCUGGGAAGGCCCAGAUUGUUCCCGACCCACCUGUCCCAGAAAUUGCAAUGGAAAUGGGCGCUGCAUUGGUGGCCGGUGCAUUUGCAACACUGGCUAUGCUGGUGAAGACUGCAGCCAGCUCCUGUGUCCCGAGAAUUGCAGUGGCAACGGACUCUGUGUCAAUGGUGUGUGUCACUGCUACACGGAGUUCACUGGGGAUGAUUGCAGCGAGAAGAGGUGCCCUGGUGACUGCAGCGGUAAUGGAUAUUGUGACACUGGGGAGUGUUACUGUGAGGAUGGUUUCACUGGCCUUGACUGCUCUAAAGUGCUUGCUCCUUGGAAUGUCCGUCUCCUCAAGACCACAGAGGAUUCCCUGGCUAUUGGGUGGGAUAAGAUGAUGGAGGUGGACUAUUAUAUCAUCACUUACUUUCCCAUUGGAUAUGAGGCCUCUGUGAAGGAAGUACGAGUGCCCAAAGACCAGGUCAGCCACGAGAUCCUGGGCCUUCUUCCUGGCACCAAGUAUGUAAUAGCACUUCGCAAUGUAAGGAAAGGCAUUUCCAGUGAGCCAGAACUCCUGCAAGCCAGCACAGCUGUGUCUGCCAUUGGUACAAUCUGGGUCACAGAGAAAACAGAGAAUUCGCUGGAAGUAGAGUGGGAGAAUCCUGCGACAGAGGUCGAUUAUUACAAACUCAGAUUCAGUUCAUUACUUGGGGAGGAGAAGGAAGUGAUGGUUCCCAAAAACAAUGAUGUCAAGAGCAGAUAUACUAUCACAGGCCUGAAACCAGGAACACUGUAUAAGAUCACUGUCAUAUCUGUGAAGGGAGAGAUGGAAGGGAAGCCAUCCAUAGUGAACGGCUGGACAGAAAUUGAUGGCCCAACUAAUCUGGAAACCAAGAAAGUGACAGAAGACACAGCGACUAUUUCAUGGAAUGGGGCCCAGGCUCCCAUAGACAGAUACAUCGUGAGUUACACCUCAGCCGAUGGUGACACAAAAGAAAUAUUUGUAGGCAAGGACAAGAGGACCACUGCCCUGAUGGGACUCAAGCCAGGCAUGGAAUAUACCAUCUACAUCUGGGCUGUGAAGGGAACCCAGCAGAGCAGGAAGGCAAGCACGAAAACUGAAACAGAAAUAGAUGGCCCCGUAAACUUGAAGACAGAUCAAACAACAGAGAACACAGCGACUGUCUCUUGGAACAAGGCUUUGGCUCCCAUAGAUCGAUACAUACUGAGCUAUACCUCGGCUGAUGGAGAAAAUAGAGAAAUAGCUGUUGGGAACGAUAAGAGCAGCACCACUUUGACUGGACUGAAGCCAGGCAUGGAAUAUAUUAUUUCUAUCUGGGCUGUAAAGGGAAUCCAGCAGAGCAAGAGGGCCAUCACAAAAACUGUGACAGAAAUUGAUCCUCCCAGGAAUCUCCGGGUAUCAGAAGUGACGCAGUCCAGUGGAACCGUCACAUGGACACCGCCUGAUGCACAGAUCAGUGGUUAUCUCCUCACUUAUCAGGCACCAGAUGGCACCAGCAGGGAAAUACAUCUAGGUCCUAAUGAGCGAACGUUUGUGCUAGAAAACCUUACUCGGGGGACCAAGUACACCAUAUAUAUUACAGCCUUUAGGGGUGAUCGCUGGAGCCGAAAAGCAACUACCACAUUUUCUACAGUCAGUUUGCGCUAUCCCUAUCCUGCGGAUUGCAGCCAAGUCCAACACAAUGGGCAUUCCAUCAAUGGCUUGUAUACCAUUUAUCUGAAUGGGGACGUCAACAAGCCUCUGCAGGUGUUCUGCGACAUGACCACGGAUGGAGGUGGUUGGAUUGUGUUUCAAAGGAGAAAAACAGGGCAGGUGGAUUUCUUUAAGCGCUGGAGGAAUUACGUUGAAGGCUUUGGAGACUCUACUGGGGAAUUUUGGCUUGGUCUUGAAAAGCUUCAUGAACUCACCGCCUCUGUUCCCUAUGAGCUGAGGGUGGAUUUGCAAACACACAAUGACUCUGCGUAUGCUGUCUAUGACCUAUUCCAGGUGGGCCCCAGCAGAGACAGAUACAGGCUGGCUGUGGGAAGGUACAGAGGCACAGCAGGGGAUGCCAUGAGCUACCAUCAUGGUUAUAAAUUUACUACCCGGGACAGGGACAGUGACAUUGCGAUCAGUAAUUGUGCCCUGUCACACUAUGGAGGUUGGUGGUAUAAGAACUGCCACUUGGCCAAUCUCAACGGCAAAUAUGGAGACAACGACCACAGUGCGGGAGUGAACUGGGAACCAUGGAAAGGGCAUUUAUACUCCAUUCCUUUUACUGAAAUGAAGAUCCGUCCACGGCGACAUAGCUUGGAGCCAAUCCUUGGCAGGAAAAAGAGAUCCCUGACAGCAACGAGGAAGAAGGUUGGAGUUUAAAAUGACUUCUUGCCAACCCAAACACAAAAAAAUGCAUAAUCAUGUAACAGUGUGUCAGCCCGUGGGUGGUUUAUGUUAAUACAUUUAUAAUCACAUUAACUGGUUUAGUGGCUCAGAAACAUUAUCUGGUAUAACUGGUUGAGAACAUCAUAGAAGCAUGUGCUAUACUGUGAGUGAGCUCAAAAAGUAGAUGAGAACUAAGGGCCAAUCCCUAUGUUAUUCUUUAUAGGGGUCACUGAUAGUGCUUGGGGAAGUUACUUUUUACACUGCAUGUUCCAGAAUCUCUCAGACAGUGUGAACCAGCUGGCUGAGGAAUUCUGGGAGUUGUAGUCAAAAACCCAUCACAACACUGUUAACAUUAUGAAUUCUGGAGUUAAAAAAAGGUAACUUCCUAGGUUGUUGUGCAUUUUCCGGGUUGUAUGGUCAUGUUCCAGAAGCAUUCUCUCCUGAUGUUUUGCCCACAUCUAUGGCAGGCAUCUUCAGAGGUUGUGAGGUAUUCCUUCUGGAACAUGGCCAUAGAGCCCGGAAAAUGCACAACAACCCAGUGAUUCUGGCCAUGAAAGCCUUUGACAACACAGGUAACUUCCUAGUUUUGAGAUUCCCCCAUUCUGUGCUCUUCCGUCUGAGACUUCAUUUCUGUUACCCAAAUUUGAUCCUGCUUCCAUUGAAACUAUAGGAAUGUAUUUUGGCUAUAUGUUUUUAUACACACACAUAUAGGUCCUUGCUUAAUUCAAAACCAACUCUCUUAGACAUUUCGUGUUUGUUCUUCAGGGUUGUUUUUUAUGGAAACUUUUGAUAAUCUGUAGCUUUAGGAUGGCGUAAAAAACAAACCAGGUAUCCAUGAUAAAGUGGACUUUUUGUGAGAAUGAAUAAAUAUACUAUUAUUUCUAUAUUUUAAAAACCCAACAUUAUAUGCUAAAUGUUAUACAAGUGCUAAUUAAAAGGUAAAGCUCUGUUAGUCUGAAAUGAUGGUGUGCAAAAGGAUCUUGUAGUACCAAAUACUGGUAGCAUAAGCUUUUGUAAACUUUUUUUUUUUCAUGUCAGGAGCGACUGCAAGUCGCUUCUGGUGUGAGAGAAUUGGCUGUCUGCAAGGACAUUGCCGAGGAGACGCCCUGAUGUUUUUACCAUCCUUGUGGGAGCCUUCUCUCAUGUCCCCGCAUGGAGCUGGAGCUGACAGAGGGAGCUCAUCCACGCUCUCCUCAGGUUGGAUUCGAACCUGCAGCCUUCAGGCAGCAACCCAACCUACAAGUCGCAAGGCUUUAACCCACUACGCCACCAGGGACUCCUUUUGUAAACUAAGUUUGGGUCUAUACUGCCCUGUACCCCAGGAUCUGAUCCCAGAUUAUCUACUUUGAAUUCGAUUAUAUGAGUCUACACUACCAGAUAAUCUGGGAUCAGAUCCUGGGACAUAGGGCAUAGAUCCAGACUGAGUCUACUUCCUCAGAUCUUAUGAACAUUGUUCUUGUUCAAUCUCUAAGGUGCUACAAGAUUCCUUUGCAAGUGCUAAUUAAGUAUAUUUCAUCAAAUUUUGAGUGGAUUUUCAAGCAUCCAUUUCUUUACAGAGUAAGAAAUAUAGCAGUUUUGUAUAAAGAAAAUUUUAGCUUCUGCGAUGGCUAUGUUCAUCAGCCACUGUGUACCAGAAUCUUUGAUUUGCAGACUGCUCAGAAUUUUUGACCUAGAUAAUUAGUUAUAUGAGUUGUGUAUUUGUAUACAAUUCUCUGAUUUGGUGCUCACUGUAGAUGUUAUAAUAUUUCAAUAUAUGGUAAAGUCAUAAUUUAUUCACCAACUCCUGCUUGGGAGUCCCGCAGACAUGUAAAGGAUUAUGUUCAAGAAUUCUGAUGCAAUGUAUUAAAGCUGCAUGCAUGUCAUUAAAUUCAUUUAAGUUCUUGUA